ACGAUCGUCAUGGUCUUAAUUCACAGUCAAAAUGAAUGCGUGACAGUGAAAAAGAAAUUGCAUCAAUCGUCUCUAAAUGGUCAAUGGAAGUCUGUACAACGAGAAGAACUAGUUUACAAGCUGACAGGUAGGAAGAAAGAUCCCGUUCAUCAGGAUGUUGUUCCGCGAUCACUCUCACCUUCAUCGUAUCGAGAUCGUCAUUUAAUCUCGAUUCUCCGAUGGUGUUGGACGAAAAAAUUUCACGAAAUGACGUACAGAAAAUUGUUAAUUAUCCUAAGUUUCAGUCUCCUAAUGUACAGCGGAACCAGCGGUGAGAAUAUUUCCUUCUGCUUGAAUAACAUUUUAUUUCAUUUAAUUUCAUGGUUUUUCUCGACAGAUAUGAUGUCGUACAUGGCUAUGCUGGCACAAAGACCGGCAAGAAUAGUCGGAGGGAAGGAUGCCGAGAAAGGACUGCAUCCUUGGCAAGUUUCUGUGCAUUGGGGCGAUCGAGAACGAAAGAUACCUGCUAGACACAUAUGCGGUGGCAGUCUGUUGACUGCUGGCUGGAUACUGACAGCUGGCCACUGCAAAACCCUCACUCCAACGAGAGGAGAAUUCUUGAUCUUAGCUGGUAAAUAUAAGUUAGGUGUUUUCGAGGAUACCGAACAGAGCAGACUGGUAGACAAAGUUUUCGUUCAUCCGGAAUACGAUGGAACCGUCGCACCGUAUGAUAUUGCUCUGAUGCAAGUGGAAAAACCAUUCGAUUUAAAUCCAUUCGUCUCCACGGUGUCCUUACCGUAUCCUGGCUCCAUUCCCACGGGAGACGUUAUGCUCACCGGAUGGGGUAGCAUCGGAAGGACACGCGCUCCGGAAAAGCCGGAGAACCUGCAAGCAGCUUUAUUACCGAUAAUUGAUUACGACUUGUGCAAGAGUACGCUUGACAAAAGCUUGAAAGGAAAGGAGAAGAAUCCUCUUCAUUCGACAAACGUUUGCACCGGUCCUUUGGACGGAAGUCUGUCAGCUUGCAAGGGUGACUCAGGAGGGCCAUUAGUGACAAGAAACGGUUUUGGAGAAGCGGAAGUGGUAGGGAUCGUAUCCUGGGGACUAUUUCCGUGCGGUGGAAAGAACGCACCUUCUGUAUACACCAGAGUGUCCGCUUUCGUUACGUGGAUCACCGUGAUCAUGUUGAAUUAUACAUCGUUCAUGGAAUUGAACAUGAUCACAGCCUGCGGCAAUAAGAUAAACGGAGACUCGUAUAUAAGAUCCAGCCGAGUGAAAACGUAUCAUACCAUCGAAAUGUCGUCGAAACUGAUUGUCUUUAUUGCCUUUCUUGCCGUAAUUUGCUGUGAAGGGAAACCCUACCGCGGUUAUUCUUUACCAUUUUACCCCCAAAAUAUCAAUGAAGCAACGGAAGUUCCAAUAAAAUAUGUCCCAUGGCAAGCCUCCCUUCAAUGGGGUCAUACUUCUCACACUCACUUCUGUAGCGGAGCUAUUAUCAACGAGCGAUGGAUCCUCACUUCAGCACACUGUGCUUUGAUUGUUCCAUCCUACGGUGACUUUGUGGUUAAGGUAGGAAAGUAUAACUUGCAAAUCAAGGAGAGCACUGAACAAACGGCCCUUGUUGAAAAGUCUAUCAUACACGAGAGUUAUAAAGGAGAAGCGGGUCCCUACGAUAUCGCCAUGCUGAAACUGUCCACACCAUUGGUGUACACCGAUUCGGUCAGAAGUCUCGAACUACCGCAAUCAGAAGUCAUACCGUACGCUGUUUACUUAACAGGCUGGGGAUCAACUUGGAGAAUAGUCACUCCAAUUAUGCCUGACAAACUUCAACUCGUGAAACUAAAUAAGAUAGACAUGGCCACUUGUAACAAAUCUGUAAUUCAGCUUACAGGUUCAUCUCCUUUGGCCGACAGCAACAUUUGCGCUGGUCCCCUCACUGGUGGCUUCUCUGCGUGUAAUGGUGACUCUGGUAGUCCAUUGGUUGCGAAACACGACACCAAGUAUGAACUGAUCGGAAUCAGUUCUUGGGAAAUCGUUCCGUGUGGUACGACUGGUGCACCAUCGAUCUACACGAAAGUAUACCCUUAUGUUGACUGGAUUAAAAAUACGUUUUAAAACAUUUGUUCGUGUAUUUGAGAAUAAGGAAAUUAUUGUUAAUUCUGUUUAAUAAAUAGACGCUCUUACUUAUCAGCUAAUAAUUACAGUGCACGAAUUCGUACGUACAAUAUCAGGAUAGGUAUUGAUUUGUAUUUAUAUAACGUGUAAUUACAACGAUUUGUAUUUCCCAACACCGACGACAGACACAUGGUUCCGGGUAUCGAUAACCCAUUGAAAAAUAGGUCGAAGUCCCUAAAUGUAAUGACCCUGACACGCGUUUCACCUCCACCAAGUACCCGAUGCUAACAUAUAUGCACAAGUUUCGUUAUAUGAAAUAUACAAUACAUCUUUAUUUUUCAA